UACAAUUCCAAAUUAGAAGAUGGCAAGAUCAGCAGCUUCACGCACUGCGAAUCUUGUAUUAAGGGUCUUCACCAUUGUUCUCCUACUGAUUUCGCUUAUUGUAAUUUGCUCCAACACAAAGACCGACGAGUAUACUGGAGGGAGGAUCAAAUUUCAGGAUGUUAUUGCUUAUCGAUACAUGCUUUCUGCAAUCGUCAUUGGCACAGCAUAUGCUCUCCUGCAACUUGCAUUCGCAAUCUACAACGCCGUUAGUAACGGAGAAGGCAACCAUCUCUUUGACUUCUAUGGUGACAAGAUUGCGUCGUAUCUGUUAGCCACCGGUGCAGCUGCAGGAUUUGGUGUUACAAACGAUAUGAAAACGCUCAUUGAAUUGUUGUCAACGUACGACUUUGGAAACUUCUAUGAAAAAGCCUAUGCCUCGGCCAGUCUCCUUUUUCUGGCAUUUGUUUGCACUAUGUGA